GAAAUCCAUUGGACGGAAAAAAUCUGCGCUAGGUCGACACUCGAAUUGCGCGAGUUGUAUCAGCUGAUCUCAAUAGUGCGUUGUCAAUGGAGUACAGUUGGUUGGCACGUUGCAUGUUGAAUUCAUGGUUAUGUUUAUUAAAAAAGUUAAAAAUGGAUGUAUUGCAAGUCAAAUUUCAAAUUAAUGACGAAAUUAUAACGUUGAAUAUACCAGAUAACGACUCUGAUAUAUUAUUCAAAAUUACAAAUGAUGAUGAUUUUACAGUAAAUUAUCUUAUACAACUAAUAAGUAAUGGAUUUAUUUCCUUAAAGGAAGCAUUAAGUACUAUUUACAGGGUUAAUGAAGAUGAUUCCACAAUUCAAAUAUAUGGUGAGAAUCCACCCACCGAAGAAAAUAGUGAACCCAUUGAGGAAGAAAACGAUGUUCAGGGGAAACGUAUUAGUGAAUGGAGCGAUGACGAAACAAGAAUGUUACUUGAUCUGUACGAGCAAUGGAUGGGACAAGUAGGACCUUUAAAAAAAUUUAAAACAAAAAAGGUGAUGUGGGUAAACAUUGCGGAACGCAUUAAUAAAUAUUUUCACACUGGCAAGACCGGACUGCAGUGUGAAAAUAGAUAUAAAACUGUAUUAAAGCGUAAAAAAGCUGCUGUUGAAAAUAACAUGACCUCUGGAAGCUCUAGAGCGCUUGUACCAUUUGAAAAUGAGUUAAAUAAAAUUUCGGCUUCUGAUGAUUCCAUUCAACCUGAAGUUACUGGAUCAUCACGAGGUGUCACAAUUAUAAAAAGAAAAAGAGAGACAUCACUUUCUGAAGAACCAGUUGCAGAAUGUAGCUCUGACGAUAUGCCCAGUACAAGCCACACUCCUCAACAGAAGACAAAAAAUAAAACAAUACAAGAAACAUUACUACAAAUAUUUGAAGUGAAAGAAAAAGCACGUGAACGGCGCCACAGGGAGAAGUUACAAUUAAUAAAACAAAUUUUAGGAAAAGAAAACCUCGAAGAAAAUGUAUCUAAGUAGUAUUGUUAUAAGAUAUAAUAUUUACAUAUUCUUACAUUAUUAUAACUUUUAGGUAUCUAACCUAAUACCUAUAUUAAACUCAUUUUUAUAUUA